GACACCGGUGGCCAUCCAGGCGUGCGGAGCCUGCUUGCUAAGUUCGAAACCAACCAGACCAGCGCUCCCUCACCACCCUCGCGAGGUCGAUCCCCUGCCGGCUCUGACAACUCGGGCUCUGCUCGGCCUCUGUCCAAAAUUCGUGCGAGUUUCGUCGCUGUUGACGGUGCCACUCAGCCCAACCCUCUCGCAGGCUUGCGCAGUGUCAGUGUGCGCAGCGACAGCCCCGCCGGCCCAACUAGAGUGCGGAGCUUUCACUCGGAUGACAUGGAAGGUGGUUUGAAGAGCCCUUUGUCACCCACGGGCAAUGGCUUCCCAUGGAGGACCUCUGCUCCAUCCACGACGGAGCCAGAGGAGGCCAAGCCGCUGGAAGAUAAGGAGAACACCCCUGCCGAGAACACCGCCGCGUCCCCAGCAGCGGCAUCGAACCCCUCUUCCCCCAAGAAAACUGCAACCCCGCGCCCAGCUGCAAUCCAGGUGGCGAAAAGGUCGUCUCCUGUGAAGCCUGCUACGAAGUCGCCCACUCACCCCCGUACGCCAACGUCCCCAGCCAAGACUGUUGAUCACACAACCAAGACUACCCGGGCGUCUAGGCCAUCUACCACCGCAAAGCCCACUCCGCAUGAGCCCGUGAAAGUUGCAACACAGAAGCCGAGCCGGACAUCCCUGAACCCCACGGCUAAGCCCGCUACCAGAACUGUGCGUCCUUCUGCGUCGGCUCGGGAUUUGACUAAACCGACAGCGUCGAGCGUUUCUCGCACUACUCGAACGGUGUCUACCUCCACUCGCCCUUCGGCGACCACAUCGACCACAUCUACAACGGCCAAGAAGGGACCUACUGCAGCCCCCUCUGCUCCUCUGUCGCGCAAGCCAUCUACAUUGAAGAAUGCAAGCGCCACAACCCAGCGCCGCGCCAUCACCCCAACGGCUGCGAGCCUUCGCAAACAAGCCCCUCGUGCUUCUCCUCCUGAGAGGCCGCACUCGCGGACAAGCAACACCAGCUCCAAGCCUGUGGAUGAGGGUUUCCUGGCAAGAAUGAUGCGUCCGACGGCCAGUUCUGCCAGCAAGUCACACGACAAGGUUGAUAUCAAGAGUCCGCCCCGCACCACCCGGACUGCUCAAGCUCCGCGCCGUGUUCCGUCGAAGCUCGAAAGUCGCCCACCCCGUCUGACUAAGCCCGAUCAUGGCAAGCAGCGUGGAGCCUCUGCAGAGCCUCAGAAGCCUCAGCGUAAGCCGGAGCAGGAUGCUGCUCCAAAGGAAACU